GAGAGGUGCUGAGAAGCCAACAAAUAAAGGGUCUGGAGAAGAGCUGGAAAAUGGAAAAGAAUGGGAGUGAGGAUGGAAAACAAGUAAAAGAAUGCAGAGAGUAAGGGUCUUGAAGAGUAUUAAAAAAGAGUAUUAAAGAAGGGUAGAAAAGGUAGGAGAGGCACAAAGAACUGAGCGAAAGAAGAGAAGUGAAAAGUGAGCAGCUCUUCCUACCUCUUCAACGCUCUCAAACUCUUUCAAGCUCCAGCUGUACGGUUUAUAUGGGGUAAAAGGGCCGGAUGCCGCCGCGCACACAGCCGGGGUGUCACGCUCUUUCACACGCUCUUUGCUCCGUCACGACUGUGAUACCUUCGCGGUGGUCCGUACCUUUGGCAUGGUACAGUACCCUCACAGUGGUCGGUACCUUCAUUCUGGCUGGUACCCUCGCAGUGGUGUCGGCAGCUGACUCUGCUUCCCCUGCUGUUUUUCUUCCUUAUCUUUCCUUGUCUUCUUCUGCUCUUCUGCUCUUCUACUUCCUCUUUUUUUCCUCCACCACCCUCCAGCCAUGCAAAUCCUCGCUAGCUUGCUUCAAUUGUCGCUAUCUUCCCACAGCACCCUCAAUUCUCCUGUUCCUGACAGCUCCCAGCAGUUGGAUCUGUCUCGUCAGUGGGACACCCCAGAGGCCUUUAAUUUCGACAUCAAUCUUAUCGGCAACAACAACCAGUUCAAGGGCUGGAACUCAUCCACCUCCACCUCCACCUCAAUUGCCUCUCCCAUUGUGUCUACCUCUUCUUUCGCCGGCGAUGCUCCAAUUCCCAUCAAAAUCGCCAACAAGAACAAUCUAUUCAACCUAGUAUUGAUCUUUUCUGCUGCUUUUAUUUAAGUCUUCUCUAUCUUUCCCGCUCCUCUUUUAUCCAACCUUCUCCUAUACUCAACAAUAUAUUAUAUACCAUCCACAAUAUACCAUCUAUCAGCUGUUAUACAUUGUAUAUUAUCUGUUGUCCAUUAUCUAUCAGUUAUCAAUUGUUGCCUUUAUAUUCCACUUCUAUCUUCUUUUUCAUACUGGGAUACCCAUAUUUCUUCUUCACUCCUAAUCUCUCAAUCCCC